AUGGCUCUCAACCCAGAGACUAAGCAUGCGCGCAUGAGCGACUCCGAAGAUGUUACCGUUUCCAACACCAGUUUCCUCGAGAAUGAGGCACUGUCUGCACCCUUAGAGCCGCAAAGGGCGGGUCCCCCACCACCUCCUAACGGCGGCCUCCUUGCCUGGCUCCAUGUGCUCGGCGGCUUCAUGUUGUUCUUCAAUACAUGGGGUAUCCUAAACGCUUUCGGCGUUUUCCAGACAUACUACGAAUCAGGUGCACUCUUCCAUCGGUCGUCUUCGGAUAUCUCAUGGAUUGGUUCGAUUCAAUCCUUCAUGGUUCUGGUCGGUGGUGUUUUCGCCGGCCCCAUCUACGAUAGGGGCUACCUACGACAUCUGUUGAUUGUUGGAAGCUUUGGCAUCGUAUUUGGUCACAUGAUGUUAAGCUUGUGUAAGGAAUAUUGGCAAGUUGUACUCGCCCAAGGUCUCUGUGUCGGGUUAGGAGCAGGGAUGCUAUUUGUACCUUGCGUAUCUCUCAUCCCUACCUACUUCACCACCAAACUCGGCCUUGCUCUAGGUCUAUCAUCAGCAGGCUCUUCCGUCGGCGGCAUCAUAUAUCCUGUCGUCUUAUAUCAACUAAUAGGCAGGAUUGGAUAUGCCUGGUCAGUCCGUGUUAUGGGCUUUAUUGCUCUGGGAACUCUACUCAUCCCUAUCAGUAUUAUGAGGAUGCGAUUCAAGUCCCCGAAGCCCAGAUCUAUGAUUGAUUGGACUGCUUUCCGCGAUAUCCCCUAUAUGGCCUUCACAAUCACCACUUUCGUCGGCUUCAUGGGUCUCAGCAUCCUCAUCUUCUACAUUUCGUACUACCCCCAGGAACGAGGUCUCACCGACGAAGCUCUCUCCUUCUACAUGGUUCCUAUCUUCAACGCCGCAUCCUGCUUCGGUCGAGUCGUUCCUAACGCCGUUUCGGACAAGAUUGGUCCAUUUAACGUCGUUGCGCCAUGUGCGUUCAUCACAGGUAUCCUGAUGCUUUGUUUCAUGGCCGCGAACACUAAAGGCGCGAUAAUUACCAUCGCAGUCCUCGCAGGGUUCUUCAGCGGCGUUUUCAUUGCCAUGCCGCCUGUCUGCUUCUUCCCUUUGACCCAAGACAAGUCGAAAUUGGGAACGAGAAUAGGUAUGGGCUUUGGUAUCAUUGCUUUGGGUCUUCUGGUAGGUGGUCCAGUAGCUGGAGCUAUCCUCGGCGAAACGAAGCCUUUAGAAUGGGACGGUCUAUGGGGAUUCGGCGGCGCCGCGGCAUGUUUAUCAGGCUUUAUGUAUGCAGCGUUGAGAGUCUACCGCUCCGGCUGGGCGCUCAACAUUAAGGCGUGA